AUGCCAAUAUGCCAUCCAGUACAGAGCUCUGCUUUGCUCCAAUUCAAGAACUCAUUUUCACUUCCCCAUGACAAUUCAAUUUCAUUUCAUUGUGAUUUAUAUCAUGGAAUUCAAUCAUAUGCCAAGACAAAUUCCUGGAUAAAUGGUACAAAUUGUUGUACAUGGAAUGGGAUCACAUGUGAUAACAAGACUGCUCAUGUCAUUGGCAUCGACGUUAGUUGCAGUCAACUUCAAGGUACCAUCCAUUCCAAUAGCAGCCUUUUCUCUCUUCAACAUCUCCAGCGACUCAACCUUUCUUACAAUGACUUCAAUGGCUCUAAAUUGUCUCCUAAGUUUGGUUGGUUUGCGAACAUGACGCAUCUUAAUCUCACAACAUGCAACUUAACCGGUGAAGUUCCAUAUGAAAUUUCUUAUUUGUCCAAAUUGGUUUCACUUGAUCUCUCUUGGAAUGGCAACUUGAAACUAGAAGAGCAAAGUUUGCGAAGGCUUAUUCAGAACCAAACCAAGCUAAGUGAACUUUCUUUAGUUACAGUUGACAUGUCUUUGGUUUCACCAAAUAGUUUCAUGAAUUUGUCUUCUUCUUUGACAUUUCUUCGUCUUUUUGAUUGUCAAUUAAAAGGGAGAUUCCCAUAUAAUAUAUUUCACCUCCCAAACCUCCAUUUUCUUGAUUUACGUUACAACCACGACCUUACUGGUUCUCUUCCAAAGCAAAAUUGGAGUAGUCCCCUUAAGGUCUUAGGUCUCUCUGAAACUAGAUUCCCAAUCGAUUUACCAAAUCUAAUCAGCAAUUUGAAAUCCUUGAGAAAAUUGUACCUCAGCAAGUGCAAUUUCACAAGGUCAUAUCCAACACUUCUUCCUAACCUCACGCAAAUCACCUCUUUGGACCUCUCACACAAUAAUUUUGGUGGCCAAAUACCAUGGUUUUUCCUAAAAUUUGAACGACUCAGUUUCUUAGGUCUCUCUUUCAACAAUUUCAUUGGUCAACUUUCUGAUGUUUCUACAAAUUUUAAUGAACUUUCACCUUCAAAUAAUUCUUCCAAUUGUCAAUCAGUCAAUUACAUUCCUUCCAAGCUAGAAUCUUUGUGUUUAUCUCAUAACUUAUUGAAUGGCUCGAUUCCAUCCUGGUUGUAUUCCAUACCACAUUUGCAUAAUUUAUGUUUGGAUAAUAACCAACUCACUGGGCAUAUUGAUGAAUUUCAACAUAAUUCUGUUAGGUAUCUUGACUUGAGUAAUAACAAACUACAAGGCCCUCUUCCUGUGUCGAUCUCUAAACUUGUGAGCCUCUAUCAUAUAAAUGUCUCCUUCAAUAAUUUAAGUGGCACUAUGGAGUCAAAAAUGUUCUCAAAGCUCAAAAACCUUCAAAUUGCUGAUCUUUCACACAACCCUCUUCUAUCAGUCAACACUAUCAGCAAUGUUAACUAUACCUUACCCAAACUUUAUGAAUUAUAUUUGUCAUGUUGCAACUUCAAGGAAUUUCCAAGCUUUUUAACAAACCUUGAAAAUUUAGAAAAGUUAGACCUUUCCCACAACCAAAUCAAAGGCAAUACACCAACUUGGAUGUUCCAAGUGGGGAAGAAUUCUUUGGGAUAUUUGAAUCUAUCAAACAACUUCUUGACAAGAAUUGACCAACUUCCAUGGAAAAAAUUGGGAUAUCUUGAUCUUCAUUCCAACUCACUCCAAGGACCACUUCCAGUACCUCCGAUUGGCAUUUCCUUCCUUUCAAUCUCAAGGAACAAUUUAAGUGGAAUGAUCCCUUCAUUGAUUUGUAAUAUUAGUUCCCUUAAAGUCCUUGAUCUGUCUCAUAACAACCUGAGUGACAGGAUUUCAUCGUGUCUAGGAAACUUCAGUGAUAGUCUCUCGGUGUUGGAUCUACGCAAUAAUAAAUUUUAUGGCACCAUCCCAGAAACAUUUGCAAAGGGAAACAACUUAAGAAGUCUUAAUAUGAAUGGAAAUCAAUUGGAAGGGCCUUUGCCACAAUCAUUGGUCAAUUGUAUACACUUGGAAGUGCUUGAUCUUGGUAAUAAUAAGAUUAAUGGCAUCUUUCCACAUUGGUUGGGAACUCUUCCAAACUUACGAGUUCUUGUAUUGCGAUCAAAUAGAUUUCAAGGUACUAUAGGCAAUCCAAAGUCCAAAUUCACCUUCACUAAUUUACAGAUCAUAGACAUUUCUCACAAUGAGUUUCAUGGUUGUUUACCAACAAAAUAUUUCAAUCAAUUAAAAGCCAUGAUGAAUGCAACUGCGAAAAAAGGUGAAUUGAAGUAUAUAGGUGAGAAUUAUUAUCAGGAUUCUGUGAUAGUGGUCAUGAAAGGGUUGUCUAUGGAAUUAGUGAAAAUCCAAAAUCUCUUUACCACCAUUGACUUUUCGAACAAUGGUUUCAUAGGAGAGAUUCCAAAGUCCAUUGGAAAGCUUAAAUCACUCAAGGGGCUUAACAUUUCACACAAUGAACUUACAGGUAAUAUAUCUUCAUCAUUGGAACAUUUGACCAAUCUUGAAUGGUUAGACCUUUCCUCAAACAAGCUUACUGGAGAAAUUCCAGGACAAUUGGUAGAUCACAGAACUAGAAGUUUUAAACUUAUCAAGAAAUUAUCUAGUUGGACCAAUACCUCAAGGUAA